UGCACCAGGCAGCAGCUGAGCCAAAUGCCUACAGGCUACAGCGUCGUCUGAUUACCCCCAAACAGCCCACCGCGGUUCACAUUGGCUGCAGGGGCACAAAAAAAGCGAGCCGUCCCCCGCCCCCUCACCGACAAGGCAUCCUCUCCCUGUCACAUGUGGUUAGAGCAGUCUGGCUGGGUAUGAGGUAGGCGGUUCAAGGUUGACUUCGCGGGGCUGGUAUAUAUAUCGAGCAUUCUUUCCAUCUCGACUCUCGAGCUGCAUUCGAUAUAGAUACGUACCAGAUACCUAGUUCCUUUUCCCACCCGUCACGACUCACGGCCCACGAACCAACUCUCCACGGCCGGAACAGACAACGGACAACGGACAACAGGCCACAGACAACAGACAAGCAAACACACACACACCCCACACACCCCGCCCCGCCCACGAUGCCAGCGAUAACGCUCCCCGCGCUCCUCCCGAUCUCUUUAUUCACGCUGAUCGCCUGGCGACUCGUGAACCCCCUCCCGAGCGGGUCCUCAUCCACAUCCACAUCGGACUACUCACGGUCACGGAGUAAGCGACGGAGCGGGGCGGGCGGGGCGGUUGGAUUUGCGGGCGCGCCGGCAGUAGCAGACCGGCUGCGCGGAAUCGCGCCGCGGCAGACCCGGCCUGCGCCUACGCCCGCUUAUGCGGCCGCGGCGGCGGAGGGUGCCGUGGCUAGGGCGAUUGCCAUGGCGAAGAUGGGCGCGAAGGCGGAUGGGAAACAUACGGUUAAGGGAGGCAGUGUGAAUGGGCGGGGCAGGAGGAGGGGCGGGCUGGCGCAGGAGAGGAGGAGGAAACGUUGAGCGGGGUGCGGUGAGGUGCGGGGAAGGUACGCAUGGGACAUGUAUUUUAUUUUUUGGCUUUCAUGGGUUACGGUGUAUGGGGUUCUGUGUACGAUUUGCACGCUGUUUGGCGAUGAGUUCUGUUCUGCGCUUUGGUUGGCCUUCUGCCGUGCUGUGGACACUGGAGAGUCGGUUCGGCGCCGACGCGGGAGAAGAGCGGCCUGCUGGCGGAUUGUCCUCUGUAUGUAUCUUUAUGAACGUCGGUGUUGUAUGUAAGUAAAUGCAUACAUACAUCAGGAUUCCUAAACGGAGAGCGAUCAAUCAUUUGCCGAGAGACUUGUGCAG